UGCACCGCGGGCGCCGGCUGGGGGCGAGCAGACCUCGAGCAGCAGUAGCCGCCGCCGCCGCCUCCGCCGCCGCAGCCGUUGCGACCGUAUCAGCGGAGUUCAGAGGGCCAGGCGGCGGGAGGCUUCCUCACACGGGGGCUGAGAUGUCGUCCACCGCGGCUUUUUACCUCCUCUCCACCCUGGGAGGGUACUUGGUGACUUCAUUCUUGUUGCUCAAAUACCCGACCUUGCUGCACCAGAGAAAGAAGCAACGAUUCCUCAGUAAACACAUCUCUCACCGCGGAGGUGCUGGAGAAAAUUUGGAGAAUACAAUGGCAGCUUUUCAACAUGCAGUUACAAUUGGAACUGAUAUGUUGGAAUUGGAUUGCCAUAUCACAAAAGAUGAGCAAGUUGUAGUGUCACAUGAUGAGAACCUAAAGAGAUCAACAGGGGUCAAUGUAAACAUCUCUGAUCUCAAGUACUGUGAACUCCCACCUUACCUUGGCAAACUGGAUGUCUCGUUUCAAAAAGCAUGCCAAUGUGAAGGAAAAGAUAACCGAAUUCCAUUACUGAAGGAAGUUUUUGAGGCCUUUCCUAACACUCCCAUUAACAUCGAUAUCAAAGUCAACAACAAUUUGCUGAUUAAGAAGGUUUCAGAAUUGGUCAAGCAGUACAGACGAGAACACAUAACAGUGUGGGGUAACGCCAGCUAUGAAAUUGUAGAAAAGUGCUACAAAGAGAAUUCGGAAAUUGCUAUACUCUUCAGUUUACAACGUGUUCUGCUCAUUCUUGGCCUGUUCUUCACUGGCCUCUUGCCCUUUGUGCCCAUUCGAGAACAGUUUUUUGAAAUCCCAAUGCCUUCUAUCAUAUUGAAGCUGAAAGAACCACACACCAUGUCCAGAAGUCAGAAGUUUCUCAUCUGGCUUUCUGAUAUUUUACUAAUGAGAAAAGCUUUGUUUGACCACCUCACUGCCCGAGGCAUUCAGAAUAGAGAAGGAGGUAGUCAGAAGCAUUCAAAGAAAACAUGGAAAGACCUAAGAAAAAAUUUUUUCAUUAUUUCCCCAAGCCAUUUCCAGAAUGGUAAAAGGUUUAAUCAGUUAAGUGUUUAUUACCUCAUUUUUAAGCCUGUCUGAGAAUGUAGAAACUAUAUAUUGUAUAUUUAUUUUAAACAAUAUUGCAUAUUUUACAUUUGUAAAUUGUUUAGAAAGAUAAUUGUUUAUGAGAUGUAAGUAGAAGAUUAUUGAUCAAGAUUUCUGUAUUUGAUGCAGUAUUCUACUAUCAUAAGUAAUUCUGAAAUCAAAGGCUGUUGGAUAAAUUUGACGUUAGCCUUCACUGGGAUAAGAUCAACUAAUUAGUAAGACAGAAUUAAUGAAGGUCAUUACAGCUAUUCAAGUUGUCUCAUUAUUUCUAGGUACACCUUAGUUAAAGGGGAAAAAUAUUGUGGAAAGAGAGCUUGGAAAGCAGUGAUGUAAUUAUCUGACAAGUUGUACAUUGUUAACAGAGGCAGGCUCAAAGAAAUACCUGAAAGUUUGUUACAUGAUCAGAAAUAAAAUCUGUAGACUGAAUUUGAA